AUGCAUGAGGGCGCCCUCACGCCACCUCCAGGCCACCACGACUAUAGACUGCGCUCUGAUUAUGUAGUUUCCUACGGAAAAAAGCGAGCAAGAAACUUCAUAGGUCCCGUAUAUCCCCUAACUGCCCACAAGCCACAAGCAGACACAUUCCUAGAUUCGUUGGCGCACAAACUGAAGCUGGAAAAGUGGGAGAAAGAUGAAGCGCCGUGUUUGGAAAGUGCUUUAAAUGUUUUGGAAAACGUGAAGAAUCACACUUUGUGGGCGACAUGGAUCUGGAAUGCCAACGCCCUUCCUACAGGCAAUCUGUAUGGAUCCUUCAGACACUACGCAAGUUACGACCAAUGUCUAAAACCACCAUGGUUGCACACCCAUCCACAAUUGAAAACGAAGUACUGCUUCACUGAUUUCCUACUUUCUGACGAGAGCGAUGUCAAAACAGUUGCAGAUUAUGACCCUAUGAGGUCAACUAUGGAAUUUAUUAAUUCACCAUCUUUAUCUGGUUUACCUGUGAACCAUCUCAUGUGGGGCAUAUGUAUCCCGGCGGUCUGCUCAUCUACAGCGGUCUCUAAAUUGACCAAAGUGAUGUACGAGUCAGCUACUUUAAGCAGCAUAGCGUCUGACGUCACAGUGAAACACUGCCAGGAGGCUGGGGAGAGCCCGCCCUACUCUACUGGGUUUUAUAUCUUCAUGUAA